AACUUAGCUCGUGGAUUCCACAGCCGUGAUGGUCAUUUUGAGUUUGUUACGAACUGCAAUUCGUGCCAGCCAACCAAUCGCGAAAAGAUAUGGUGGUGGCUUGCACACGUUGUACUCUGUAGGUAUGGCUUGAUUCUAUUUAAACAUGGAUGCGACCUCCCCUCUGAGAAAGCCAGUGAAUCUCAAAGUUUUCUUGAAUCAUCCAUCUUUCCAUCCAGUCGGUCCUAAUUUACUCUCAUUUUGCCAAACCAACUCGUCAAUUCAACAACUCACCAAUUGAACCAUCUAUCGUCGUACCUCUUCGAAAAUAUGAAGACUAAUUCUAUCGUGAUUGCCAUCACCACAGUGCUCGCAGGUUUCACCGCGGCACAGAAUGGACUCCCAACCUGUGCACAAUCGUGCGUUACCCAGUACACGACGGGCUCUCAAAUCGCUGGUUGCGCCAGCCUCGACAUCGCCUGCAUUUGCUCAAGCUCUUCUUUUUUGAGUGGCAUCGCGUGUUGUUUGGCCGACGCUUGUGAUGCCCAGGAUGAGCAGACUGCAGUUGCUUUUGCUCAGAAUCUAUGCAGAACUUCAGGCGUAACCAAUUUACCAUCGGUGGUCUCGUGCGUAUCGUCCGCUAGCUCGACCUCGUCCAGCGCAGCAAGCAGUGCGACUGGAGCGACAGCCACCACAACUUCAGGCUCAACUUCAGGUUCAACUUCAGGUUCAACUUCAGGUUCAACUUCAGGUUCAACUUCAGGUUCAACUUCAGGUUCAACCACAGGUUCAGCUACAGCUUCGGGGACGGGCUCAAGUUCGUCAAAAACAGCAACUGGAUCCUCGACUUCUGCCUCAGCUUCUGCCUCAGCUUCUGCCACAAAGAACGCAGGACUUCAAAAUGAGAUUGGUGCUGGAGCUGGCUUGCUUGGUGGAUUGGCAGUCAUAGUUGGUUUGUUGUAA